CUGUCUCAAACUCACUUUCAUCACACAUUCUCAAAUCACGCCGCUCUCUCAUCUCCAUCGCUACGCCCCACCGUCGCCGUACUCUCAUCUCCGCCACUGUCCAUACAGUCAUCUCCUGCCUCCACUCAGAACCAGAUCGCACCCCCCCCCUCUCUCUCUCUGCUCCUUACUCCCCUAGAUCGCAACCGCGCGUGUGACCAACACUAGUUUGACUCCACCACAACCGCCGCCCGAGUAUUCUCUCCCUCUCUCCAGCAGCACAGCCCAAGCCUGCCGCUGGAAUCUAACCUGUUGCCGCCACUUCUUCAUCAGUUGGUGUGUUCUCUUCUCAUAUUGAUAAAUGAAGCAUAUUGUAAAGAUUUUGACGUUGGUAAUUGCCAUCACUGCUUUAUGGGUUGGCCUUCUACAAACUUCUACCAUUCCACAAAGUCAUACUUGGUUGCUUCCAAUCUAUUUUGUCGUUUCCUUAGGAUGUUAUGGUCUAUUAAUGGUUGGAGUUGGUCUGAUGAAUUUUCCUACCUGUCCUCAAGAAGCCCUCUUGUUGCAAAAGGAUGUUGUUGAGGCCAAGGAAUAUUUGAAGCAAAGAGGAGUUGAUGUUAGUACCAGCUGAUGUGGUCUAUAGAUCUUCCCUGAAGUGUAGAAUUAGUCGCUGGUAAUUGAUUACCUGAUUGAGAGUUGGGAAGGAUUUUUGGCUUUCUACCCUGUACUCAAUAGUAAUGUACAAACAUUUUUGAAUUUCCACUUAUGUAUGCUACUCUUUCCGUUACAAUCAAUUGUUUUCUUGUGUGUGAAAAAAAAAGAUUUCGUAACACAUGAAACUGAGAUUAAAUCAUGAUAACUAACGCAAGCUCUCAAUAGCCAUGUUUGGUUUCAA